GCGAACACACCCACCACUCCAUACCACACAAAAAUCUUCUAUACUACUAAUUCACUAGCAAUGAAGGAAUCUUCACAGCCAUGGAGACCAUUCACAGCUAAAUAUUGCUGUUCAGUUGAAGACCAAACAUUCUUUGGCAACUUCAGCAGGUGUAGGACAUCAAAAUCAGACAUUUCCAAGAACAUCAAUGCUCCGGCACCAUCAUUCAGAAGAUUGUCAUUCUCUGAUCUUAGCCGUUCUUCGUCAACACGUAUUAAUGAGGAUCUUGCACAAUCUUUUGGGCCUGACUUGUUUGAUUUUCAAUUGAGUGAGUUACGUGCCAUAACACAGAAUUUUUCUAGCAAUUUCUUGCUGGGAGAGGGUGGGUUUGGGACAGUGCAUAAGGGUUAUGUAGAUGAUAAUUUGAGGCAAGGUUUGAAGGCUCAGGCUGUUGCUGUUAAGCUUCUUGACAUUGAGGGCCUGCAAGGUCACCGUGAAUGGCUGGCGGAAGUAAUAUUUUUAGGGCAACUUAGGCAUCCAAAUUUGGUUAAAUUGAUUGGUUAUUGCUGUGAAGAAGAAGAACGACUUCUUGUCUAUGAAUUUAUGCCUCGAGGCAGUUUAGAGAAUCACUUAUUUAAAAGGAUUUCAGUGUCCUUGCCAUGGAGCACGAGGUUAAAGAUUGCAAUAGGAGCAGCCAAGGGGCUAGCCUUCUUGCAUGGCGCUGAGAAGCCUGUCAUAUACCGUGACUUCAAAACUUCCAAUGUGUUGCUAGAUUCUGAUUUUACGGUUAAAUUAUCAGAUUUUGGACUCGCAAAGAUGGGACCUGAAGGAUCAGACACGCAUGUUACCACCAGAGUGAUGGGGACCUAUGGAUAUGCUGCCCCUGAAUAUGUCUCAACAGGACACUUGACAACAAAAAGUGAUGUUUUUAGCUUUGGGGUGGUCCUACUAGAGCUGCUUACAGGGAGGAGAGCAACGGAUAAAUCAAGACCAAAGAGGGAGCAAAACAUCAUUGACUGGGCAAAACCUUACCUGACCAGCAGUCGCAGGUUGCGCUGUAUUAUAGAUCCAAGACUUGCAGGCCAGUAUUCUGUCAAGGGAGCGAAGCAAAUGGCCCUGCUAGCACGACAAUGCGUGAGUUUAAACCCCAAAGACAGGCCCAAAAUGCCAUCCAUUGUCGAGACUCUUGAAGCCCUACAACAUUACAAGGACAUGGCUGUGGCUUGUGGGCAAUCGCAAGCAUCAACAAAAUCUGCUACGAGAAAUGGAGUUUCCUCUGGAGGAAGGUUGGAAGGUAGAGGUGCAAGUUAUAGGAAAUCAGCUCCAGUUAUUACAUCAAGCAAGAAAACAUGAUUAAUAAUAAUAUAGAAGGCUAAGUGUAAAUUAUUAGUACGUGUGUGUAUGCUAAUGGGAUACGCUUGAAAGUUAAGGCAUACGACCUGUGUAGAUAUUGAAUAUGCAAAUGGUAUAUGUCCAUGGCCAAAAUACAUUACUACCUAAAGUAAAAUCUGAUAUUUAUCAUAGAGCAUAAAUAUGUAAUUAGUAUCAUUUCUGAGAUAUUUCUUCAUCUUUCUCA